UGCGCUUGUGUUUACAGGCAGACUGCAGACCGACGCGAGGCAAGUGGACAUUCCGCGUACCUGCGCUGCGUUUAAUCUCGUCUACCGACGUUCUAUAGUCUGCAGUGGACAGAUUGAGGGCUGUUAUUUAUACGCACCAACAUCCCAGGCGGUGUCAAAGGACGUUUAAGCGCAUGUAGUGACCGUGGCCUGACGUCGUAGUCGCACUAGAAGGAUGAAUUGCAACCACAACAACAGCGCGGUGAGUCCGUGCAUAAUGAGCGGCUGAAGGAGGAGGGGGAGGAGGCAAGGAGGAGAGGGAGACUGCGGUCUCCUUUCAAAAAAAAAAAAACGCGCUACUCUGCUGAAUAUUUUUCUUCCCCAGACAAACUCGCCUCCUUCACGCCACUGGACUGUUUUUUUGGAGGGGAUGUGUAAUCCAAGUUUUCAAGACAAGAUUUGAUUCCGGAUGAUACCAUCUCCACCAGCACCGGGACCUUAUGCGUUCGCCCCCCACACCACCACGACAUGGAGCGUGAAGAUGCGGCUUACACAGGAAUCCCCGCCGCUCCCCGUUUAGCCGUAUCUGUCCCGCCGCCCUCACCAACGCCCUGUGCCUUUUACCGGCGUUUAAGCGGCUCCUUAACGGAUUUACAUUGAGGCGAGUGUUGAAACGCAGAUUUUUCAAGCGGGACUCCGCGAGCUAGCUCGUGGCUGCUAACCCAUUAGCUCCAUUAGCCGGCUAACGGCUAAAAGGCGCUGGCUGAAGAUUUUUAAGGCUUCAUUUCUCUCCCUCACACGUCGCCCAGAAAUAAGCCGGAGUGGUUUGUAAACGGACGGACGGACGCCCCCUUCUCCUCCUUCAACCCCGUACACCCACUCGACGGGCGUAUUUGUUUACAGUUUUUCGGCAGAGGAUUUACGUCCGCGGGAAUGAGGGCUCGAAUGGAAAGGAGCCGCUUGACCUUGUUUGGGGGUCUGAUGCUGGCCGUGUUGUCCUCUCUCCGGCUCGCCGCAACGGAGAUUUGCGGGCCAAGCAUUGACAUUGGCAACGACAUCAGCGAAUUCCGACGUCUGGAGAACUGCACGGUUGUGGAAGGCUACUUGCAGAUCCUCCUCAUCGGCGACAAGAACAACAACCAAGAGGUCUUCCGCUCGCUCAGCUUCCCCAAGCUGUCUGUCAUCACCGACUAUCUGCUGCUGUUCCGGGUCUCCGGCCUGGACAGCUUGAGCACACUCUUUCCCAACCUGGCCGUGAUCCGCGGCCGCAACCUCUUCUACAACUACGCCCUGGUCAUCUUUGAGAUGACCAGCCUGAAGGACAUCGGCCUGUACAACCUGCGCAACAUCACCCGCGGCGCCAUCCGCAUUGAAAAGAACCCCGAGUUGUGCUAUCUGGACUCUGUGGACUGGUCGCUCAUCAUGGACGCCGAGUUCAACAACUUUAUCGCCGGAAACAAGCAGUCCAAAGAGUGCAGCGACGUGUGCCCGGGCAUCAUGGAGAACAAUCCGCAGUGCCGCAAGACCAUGUUCAACAACAACUACAACUUCCGCUGCUGGAACUCCAACUACUGCCAGAAAGAGUGCCCGGAGAAAUGCGGCCGGCGAGCAUGCACAGCGAGCGGCGACUGCUGCCACGCGCAGUGCCUGGGCAGCUGCAGCGUGGCGGGCAGCGACAGCUCCUGCGCCGCCUGCGUGCACUACUACCACCAAGGCCGCUGCGUGGCCGACUGUCCGCCCGGCACCUACAAGUUUGAGGGUUGGCGCUGCGUCAGCGCCGAGCUCUGCUCCAGAGUCCACCUGCCGGACUACGACAGCUUCGUCAUCCACGAGGGCGAGUGCAUGUCCGAAUGCCCCUUCGGGUAUACGCGCACCGCCUCCAACAGCAUGUCCUGUACCGCUUGCGACGGCCUGUGCGAUAAAGUUUGCGAGGAGAAGGUCAUUGACUCCAUGGACGCUGCGCAGUCCCUGAAAGGCUGCACGGUUAUUAAAGGCAACCUGCACAUCAACAUCCGCAGAGGCCACAACAUGGUGGCCGAGCUGGAGAGCUUCACGGGUUUGAUCCAGAGGGUGACGGGCUACGUGCGCAUCCGACACUCGCACACGCUCAGCUCGCUGGCCUUCCUGCGCAACCUGCAAUACAUCGACGGCGAGGAACUCCUGGACGACAUGUACGCCUUCUCUGCGUUCGACAACCAGCAGCUGCAGUACCUGUGGGACUGGAAGCAGCACAACCUCACCAUCAGGAACGGGAAGCUGUUCUUCCGGGCCAAUCCCAAGCUCUGUGUUUCGGAGAUCCAAAAGAUGUGGGAGCAGACGGGCAUUGCGGGGCGCUUCGACGAAAGUGACUUCCGAAACAACGGCGACCGAGCCAGCUGCGAAAGCACCAUCCUAAAGUUCAAGUCCAACACCACCAGCAGCACCAGGAUCAAGCUGACCUGGCAGCGUUACCGCCCCCGAGACUACAGAGACCUCAUCAGCUUUAUCGUCUACUACAAAGAGGCGCCGUACCAGAACAUCACCGAGUUUGAGGGUCAGGACGGCUGUGGCUCCAACAGCUGGAACAUGGUGGAUGUGGAGCUGCACCAAGACAAGGACACCGACCCUGGCGUGCUGCUCUCCGGCCUGAAGCCGUGGACGCAGUACGCCGUCUUCGUCAAGGCCAUCACGCUCAUGGUGGAUGACAAGCAGGUGCCCAGCGCCAAGAGCAAGGUGGUGUACAUCCGCACCAGCCCCUCAGCGCCUUCCAUGCCUCAGGACGUGCGUGCCUACUCCAACUCCUCCACCCAGCUGGUGCUGCGCUGGCUGCCCCCAGUUUCCCCCAACGGCAAUCAAACUUACUACCUGGUGCGCUGGCAGCAGCAGGCCGAAGACCGAGAACUGUACCAGCACAACUACUGCUCCAAAGAGUUGAAGAUCCCUGUAAGGAUGGCAGCAGUCGGGGUAGGGGACCAGGAUGACGACACCAAGCCCACAAAGUCAGACCCAGAUGGCCCCGACAAGGGCCCCUGCUGCCCUUGCCCCAAAUCGGUGGAGGACCUGGAGGCAGAGGCCGCGGACGCCUCCUACCGGAAAGUCUUUGAGAACUUCCUGCAUAACUCCAUCUUUACACCCAGGCCACCCGAUCGCCGUCGUCGAGAUCUAUUCAACAUCGCCAACGCCACCCACUCUCGACGCCAGCACCGGCUUCACUCCAAUACCAGCACAGUCUCUCCCCUGCAGGCUGCCGCCAACAGCAGCGUCGCUGACCCGGAGCUGGCGGAGCGAGAGUUUGAUUUUGUCGAACAAGCGGUCACGGAGCGCGAGCUGCAGAUCUUCGGUUUACAGCCAUUCACCGUAUACCGCAUCGACGUUCACGCUUGCAAUCGACAGGUGCAGCGUUGCAGCGCAGCCGAGUUUGUUUUCUCCAGAACCAAACCGGCAGAAAAGGCGGAUGACAUUCCGGGCGUGGUGUCCUGGGAGGGCCACGAGGACUCGGUGUUCCUGCGCUGGCCGGAACCGUCUCACCCGAAUGGCCUCAUCCUCAUGUAUGAGAUCAAGUUCAAACUGGGCACAGAGACUGAGAAACACGAGUGCGUGUCGGGUCAGCUCUAUCGGACACAGCGUGGCGUCCGUCUGUCCAACCUAAGUCCGGGCAACUACUCGUUGAGGAUCCGAGCGACAUCGUUGGCAGGGAACGGAUCCUGGACGCGACCGGUAGAUCUCUAUGUGGCCGAACGAUAUGAAAGCUUCCUCUACGCCAUCAUAUUGGCCCCCAUCGUAAUCAUCUUGUUAAUCUGCAUCCUGGCCUGCUCGCUGUUCGCCUUCAACAGGAAAAGGAACAGCGAUCGGCUUGGGAAUGGAGUCCUGUACGCGUCAGUCAAUCCGGAGUACUUCAGUGCGGCUGAAAUGUACGUGCCGGAUGAGUGGGAGGUGGCGCGCGAGAAGAUUUCCCUGAGCCGCGAGCUGGGUCAGGGCUCAUUCGGCAUGGUGUACGAGGGCAUCGCAAAGGGCGUGGUGAAGGACGAAGCUGAGACGCGAGUUGCCAUCAAGACCGUGAACGAGUCGGCAAGCAUGAGGGAGCGCAUCGAGUUCCUCAACGAGGCUUCCGUCAUGAAGGAGUUCAACUGUCAUCACGUGGUGCGUCUCCUGGGGGUGGUGUCUCAGGGCCAGCCCACCCUGGUCAUCAUGGAGCUGAUGACACGAGGAGACCUCAAGAGCUACUUGCGCUCCCUCCGACCGAAAGAGCAGCAGUGGUCCAGUUUGUCCCUUCCGCCCCUGAAGAAAAUGCUGCAGAUGGCUGGCCAGAUCGCAGAUGGCAUGGCAUACCUCAAUGCCAGCAAGUUUGUGCACCGAGACCUGGCGGCGCGCAACUGCAUGGUGGCCGAGGACUUUACCGUCAAGAUAGGAGACUUCGGCAUGACGAGAGACAUCUACGAGACAGACUACUACCGCAAAGGCGGGAAGGGCUUGCUUCCCGUCCGCUGGAUGUCACCUGAGUCUCUGAAGGAUGGCGUCUUCACCACCAAUUCCGACGUCUGGUCGUUUGGUGUGGUCUUGUGGGAGAUCGCCACGCUGGCAGAGCAACCCUACCAGGGCCUGUCCAAUGAGCAGGUGCUGCGCUUCGUCAUGGAGGGAGGCCUGCUGGAGAAACCGCACAAUUGCCCUGACAUGCUGUUUGAGCUGAUGCGCAUGUGCUGGCAGUACAACCCCAAAAUGCGUCCAUCUUUCGUGGAAAUCAUCGGCAGCGUGAAGGACGAUCUUGAACCAUCCUUCUGUGAGGUUAGUUUUUUCCACAGCGCCGACAACAAGCCGCCCGACACUCAGGGCCCGCCCCCGCCCCAACAACACCCGGUUAACAUGGACGACGUCCCCUUGGACACGCCGCUACAGACGCCGCCCUCACCCAGCUCCCACACUCCGCCCGGGCCCUCGCUAGCACCCGGCUCCCCCAGCCGGCCCUGUCCGGACAAGGAGCCCAUCGGGCACCAAGCGGCUAAUGGGUUGAUGUCAUCAACCUCGUCAUCAGUAGUGGGGGCAGCAGGGAUGGGGACGCCGCCCAAUGGGACCGGCUCAGUGGCCGCCAUGCAGGCGACCCUGGACGAGCUGCCGCCCUACGCCCACAUGAAUGGGGGACGUAAAAACCAGCGUGCCAUGCCCCUCCCUCAGUCGUCUGCCUGCUGAUUGGACGGAGCAAAGACUCAUGGGAAGUCAAACCUAUUCUGCUGUAAUGCCACCCUUUUUUUUGUUGUUGUUGUUGUUGUCUUACCAUAUGCAACACUGCCCCCUUGCUGCCGAAAAACACCAUGGAGGGAGUUGCUUGUUUUAUAAACGCUUUCUUACUUUUUUUUUUUUCCCCUUAAGUAAAACAAGAGCCAUUUCUAAGGGGAUUACGGUCCAUUUUUGGGCAGGCAUUAUGGAUGAAUACCUAACGAGAGAUGAAGCACUUAUAUAGGCAGGUCCUCCAUGUUGCCGCCUUUGUUCUAGUUGGUACGGUAACGAUGUAAAAGGCAUGAAAAAUAAGAUGAAAAACACUACAUUUUGAUACUCUUGUCUCCAUUUUGAUGAUUCAUUUUGUAUCGACAUCAAAAUCUGAGCCACACACAGUCGCCAAGUGCUGCGAAUCAGUGUCGAAAAACUUCUAAAAAAGAUUUCAUAACACGACCAUGACUUUUCUUUCAGUCAUUUGUGAAGCGCAUUUACGAUAACAAUUUAAAAAAAAGGCAGGAAAAAUUAGGAAAAUGACUGUGGAAAUACUAAAACAUCAAAAACAACUUUUUAAUAACUCCGCCAACAUUUUGCUCAUCGGUACGAUAAUGACAUUCAAAGGCCUGAAAGGGUUUGGUAAAAACAGUGGAACAUAUGAAAAAUGACGCCUAUAAACAUUUGGAUUUUGGACUUAGAGAUGUCGUCCAUUUUUCUGCCAUUGUGCACAACGCAAAACAACAUGAUGGCACAAAAACAUACAAAUAUGGCAUAAAGCCAUUUUGAGACUCUGCCGAUGGAGGCUGGCAUUGUGGUAGUCAUAUGGUAACAGAAAAAAAGCAAUGUAAAACAAUUUUUGCUACUCCAUUUUUUUCCCUCUACAUUAAAAUUUGUGCCAUAAAUAAAUUGUUGGAAAGCGCUCGUUGGUUUUCAGUGAGAUUAGAAAUAUAUAUAUUCUGAAUGGUUUGAAACCUUCCAAAACCAACAUUUUGAUACUGUGGUCCCCAUUUUGAGACACCAUUUUGUGUUGACGUAUAAAUCUGAGCCACAAAUUGUCGGAAAUUAUUGCAAAGUGUUCCGAAUAGAGGUCAAAACACUAAGUCAUGGUGGUGUAAUUGAAUUUUUUUUACAUAUAUUGUUCAAAAGCAUUUAUGCCAUUUUUUUGGGGGGGGGGUUGACUUUUUCUACCUUUUUAUAUGGUCCCCGUGUUCAUCUUGUACAGACAAAAGAAAAGACAAGCUGCUAUUCCUUAUUUUCUCUUGUGGUUGUAAUAUAGAUCUAUAUAAAUAUAUAUGACUUUGAGUUUAUAAGAGACCUUCAGGUUGAAUUUACGAGCGUUUUCACUGCAGUUUGCCAUGAUUUUUGGUUUGUUUAUUUUUUUUUUCUUUAAAUGUAACUGAGCUGAUUUCAAAGAAGUACCCCUGAUAUUCUUUUUUCCUUAGGAAAGAGUCCCAAGUAAAUCUCAGGUUCGUGCUGCCAUUUUAGGCUUUAAUUAUUACCUUUAGUGGGGUUCUGGCAAAAAAUUUAAAAAAUAUUAUUGAUUGAGAUAUAAAGUGCGUGCGUGCGUGUUUCUUCACCACACUCAAAUGUUUGCCGCCAAAUCACAGUAUUAAUAUUCUCGUUUUUAGCUAGCUGUCGCACAAGAUGCCUUCUCCUUCUCCAAUUCUUAUCGAAUUAAAUUAAUAGUCAACAACCAUCAAUCUAAUUAACUCUUGUAGACUUUUCUUCAUGUAACUGUCAAGCUAGGUACUAUGCUAGCUGCUGCCUUAAGUUUUUGACAUUUUCAAAUUUUAAUAAUCACAUGAAGUGGACAUUAAUGGUUUGUCACCAAUCAACCUUUGAAAUAAGUGUUUUGUUGCCCUCUUGUUUUCGGAUAGCUGUUGUUGAGUCAGAAAACAAUACAUUGUUUACACACUACUGCUUUUUUUUUUUUCCCAAACAACAUUGAAUUGAAAUAACAGUCGUCAUCUCUUGUUUUCCAAUAGCUGCAGUGCUAGCUAUUGAGCUGGCUGCAAAGCUAGGAUUUUGUGCAUUUUUGACCAAAGUUUUUCAUUGAGCCUCUCAAUUUUUCCGUCACCAUCAAGUAAAAUAACUUAGGUACCGCAUUUUAUUCCUCUUGUGAAAACAAGAGAAAUAAAAUCUUGAACGAGCCAACAAGAGGAAGCCACAAGGCUUGCUCAAGAUGUUUCCAAGUCUGCUUCCAAGUUACUUUUUUUUUUUAAAUCGACCAACUACACUAGAUUUUUCAGCAAGCAUCUAAGCCAGCUAGCUCGCUUAUGCUAACAAUCUAGAGAUGAUAGGCACCUAAAAUGGCGUUGUACAGUACAUGAAUCCUCAUCAUCACAAAAUAAGCGUACAUGUUUAUUUUUAAAUUAUGACUUUUUUUCUGGCAUUCAGAACAUGAAAGCCGAUGUCACUCAUUUUAGUUGGUUAGCUAGCUAAUGCUAAUGAAGACAAAGUCUUGAUGUGCUACUAUUAAAGGUCAAGAAAUCUCACUACAAAAUGGCAGCAGGAUAUAGUCGGCUAAUAAUGCUAAAGAUAUUUCUGUUCCCUCAGUAAAAGGCUGAAUUAAUUUAUUUUAUAUAUGUUGAAGAAAUAACGGCCUGCCUUGUUUAUUUGUGUUGUUUUUUUUUGUGUGUAAAUCACUGUACAGAAAUAGCUGGAGACUUUUUCUGUUUGUUUUGAUACCUUUUUUUAGGGGUUUUUGCAACUUUUGGGGCAAGGGAGAAGGUGUUUUUUUUUCAGUUCUUUUGUUCAACCAUCCAUCUACCUCACUGUUGUUUUAUUUUAUUGUAAUUUUGAUGUGGAGGAGCUUUAAUUUCACAAACCAAACAGCAGCACGGAAACAUGGGGAUUGUUUUUUGUUUGUUUUUUGGAUGACCACGUAGAUAAUCGACCAAUCACAAUGCUCGAAGUGGAACUCGGGUGCGUGACUGUAGGUGCUGUUGUACUGGCACAGUGUACUUAAGAUACAGCUGGAUGGAAAUAAUCCGUUUCCUUCCAUUGGAUUAAGAGUAUAAGGACCACAACAAAAAGUCACAUGUACUUAUUCGACAAAAUACAUGGCAUUUUGGGGGGAUACAUUGUAACAUUACACAGUGAAAGGCAUCAAAUGGUGUUAAAAGCCAAAAUAGAAGAAUCGUUGAUAUAUAAUGAAAAAAAGCAUAAAAACAUUUGAUCAAAAACAGCUAUAAGACAGAUAAGUCAGUUACCAGAAAAAAGUCUAAACUACUAAAAAAUGUCGCAUUGUGAAAUUAGUUGAAAUAUUGCCAUCAAUAAGUUAAAAAAAAAUCCAAAUUUUGAUGUGACGGUCAUACAAGUACACAUUUGUAGUUAGGUGUUAACAUGUAUACAUUUAUAGAUAGAUAGCUGGUAAUAUUACAUUUAUUUUGGUAAAGUUUCUACACUUUCCUCAAACUCAUUGCCAUGUUUUUGUGAUAUUCUAGUUAUUUUUCAACAUUGUCAUGCUGACUUUAUCUUCAUAUUUGAAUGUUAUUGUUCAAAAUUAUGGUUUUCAUUAUUUUAGCUCUCCUAUUACAUUAUAGGGUGUCACGUUACAGAAAUAAAUUAUUAGUUUUGUCACUUCAAGGCAUCCUUUUUGUUUUCAAUAUUUAUUUCCUCAAUGCUACAACUUUAUUCUCAUACUAAUUUGAUGUUUUUGGGGGGGUUAAAUUUGGGACUUUUGAGGUCGCUACUUGAUCCUCAUAACGCUAUGACUCAACUUACUACAUACUGUACAAGCUCUGACAUUGUUCUGGUACAUUCAAUGUUAUAGUCUCAUAAUAUUUUGAAUUUAUUGACUUUAGCAAUGUUACUCUUUUUUUCCCUGUAAAUUUACAACUGUGCCGCAAAACAGAAGGGUUUUUUUUUUUUUCAUGUAACACUAUUGUCCAAAAAUCACAACUGUGCAUUCGGGGAUUUUCUUGUAAUAUUACAUAAUUUAUCACUUAUUUUUGUGUAAAUUAUGACUUCAUUUUCUUCCCCCUUUCGAUGCGGCCCAAAUACUCUUUCGAUGCCUCAUGACAUAUCAGCAAAAGGAUGGUAGAAGGAUGCCAUUUGUUUCGUAAAAUGUAAAAUAAUGCAAUACAGCUCAGCUAUUUUUUUUUCUGCCCAUGUUUCUGUCACUGUUUGCAAAAACAAAAACACCACAACAUUCAAUCUUCCACGUCUCCUUCGCACAUUCAUGAGUAUGUGGAGGCACAUUCUGUACACUUUUGAAGCCAGUUUUAAUGUCUGGUUGAGACUUGGGUGUAUUUUGGGCGGAUAUUUUGUUUGCCCCAGGGAGGUAUUUAUAGAAGUCUUCAUGACAUAGUGGACCACAUCAGGUUUGGUUCGGUCACAUGUUCAAAGGUGAGAAAACAGCAAAAUCCUGGCUUUCUGGUUUCUUUGGGGUUGUCAUGGUGACAGCCACGUACUCCUCAUUCUCUGCUUUUUUAAAUGCAGUCAAGACAGAAGUAAGGGAUCAGGAUUUUGCUGUUGUUGUUUUACCACUGGAUGGCCUCAAAGUAAAAAAAAUAAAAAUAAAAUCUUUUUCUUGCAUCCAUGGCCAAUAUAGUUUUGUACAUUUUUCCAAUAGCCUUUCAGCAUUCUUAAUGAAAAGUUAGAAUGAGAUUUUGUUUUGGGUGUUCUCUUCCCAGUUUUGUUUUGUACAUGACGUUUUCAAAUACGUGCGGAGGUUAGAAGAGAAAUUGGCUGAAGGAAGAAGAGAAUGUUUCUCUGGUUCUUGUCUUUGUUUGUUUUUCUACAUGGCAUUUAAGAUAAAUAAAAAUGUAUGCAAGUCA